UGCCAGUCGCUUAAUUAGUUAUUGAAGGUUAGAAUACCUGUUGCUCCGUUAACUGUUACGGUUAAUGGUUAGUUCAAUCUCUCUUUCGUACGAUUUGGGUCUGUAGUGUCGGUGUUUUUCUUCUCGUGGAUCUUUCGAUUAUUCGCGAUAAGAAAUCGUACCUACGUUCGUGUACUUAUUUCAAUUCAUCGUUUAGUUAUUCGUUUCAGUGUCCAGUUCGAUACACUAAAAAAUAUACACCGAUCAACAUGACCAAAUACCAUAAACCGGAAGCUAAAGUACUACAAGAAUUGAAAGACAUCGCUCACAAGCUUCGGAUCGAUUCUAUUCGGGCUACAAAUGCGUCAAAUUCGGGCCAUCCUACAUCAUGCUCUUCCAUGGCCGAACUGAUGUCCGUUUUAUUCUUCCACGUAAUGAGGUACGAUUUGAAAAACCCUCGCGAUCCAUCGCACGAUCGAUUGAUCCUCUCCAAAGGACACGCUGCACCGAUCCUGUACGCAGCCUGGGCCGAGGCAGGCCUGUUCCCGGUCAACGAUAUAUUGAACUUGCGUAAAAUAGAUAGCGACUUGGAAGGUCACCCUACACCGAGAUUGAACUUUGUCGACGUCGGUACCGGAUCUUUGGGACAAGGUUUAUCCGUCGCUUGCGGUAUGGCUUACGUAGGUAAAUACUACGAUAAAGCUACGUACAGAACGUAUUGUAUUUUGGGCGAUGGUGAAAGCGCCGAAGGUUCGGUCUGGGAAGCUCUGAAUUUCGCUUCGUAUUACAAUCUAGAUAACCUCGUGGCGAUAUUCGACAUAAACAGGUUGGGCCAAUCGGAACCUACUGCUUUAAAACACGACAUGAACGUGUACCGCAAACGAGUCGAAAGCUUCGGUUUCCACGUCAUUGUCGUCGACGGUCACGACGUCGAAGAAUUAUGCAAAGCGUUCCACGAAGCUUCCAAUACGACCGGUAAACCAACCGCCAUCAUUGCUAAAACCUUCAAAGGUAAAUAUUUCCCAAAUAUCGAAGAUCUCGUCGAAUGGCACGGUAAACCUUUGGGAGACAGAUCCGACGAAGUGAUCAAAUACGUCAGUUCGUUGAUUAAAAACGACAUCAAUGCUAUUCCUUCGAUCGACCGACCCUCUCUCGAAGCUCCUUUAGCUCCGGUACUGCCAAAGACACCUGUACGAUUGAAUACGCCGCCAUCGUACAAGAAAACCGAUAUCGUAGCUACCAGACUGGCUUACGGUACAGCUUUGGCUAAAUUAGCUGCCAACAACAGUCGAGUCAUCGGAUUGGACGGUGACACGAAGAACUCCACUUACUCUGAUAAAAUCAAAAAAGAUUUCCCAGACAGGUACAUCGAGUGUUUCAUCGCAGAGCAGAAUCUAGUCGGUGUGGCCAUCGGAGCCGGUUGCCGAGACCGGACCAUACCCUUCGUAUCGACUUUCGCUGCCUUCUUUAGCAGAGCUUUCGAUCAAAUCCGCAUGGGCGCGAUAUCGCAAACCAACGUCAACUUUGUCGGUUCGCAUUGCGGUGUGAGUAUAGGUGAAGACGGUCCUAGUCAAAUGGCUCUAGAAGACUUAGCAAUGUUUAGAGCGGUUCCUGGAUCUACGGUUUUCUACCCUUCGGACGCCGUCAGCACCGAAAGAGCUGCCGAACUUGCUGCCAAUACCAAAGGUAUCUGUUUCAUCAGGACUUCUCGACCCAAUACUCCAAUUUUAUACAGUAACGAAGAACCAUUCGCCGCCGGUAAACAUAAAAUAAUCAAGAGCUCGAGUAACGAUGUAGCUCUCGUUAUCGGCGCUGGUGUCACCUUACACGAGGCUGUCGACGCUGCCAACGAAUUGCAACAAAAACACAAUGUCAAUAUCCGUGUCCUGGAUUUAUUCACCGUUAAACCGAUCGAUGCGCAGUUCAUCAUCCAAAACGCCCUCCAAUGUAAAGCCAAAAUCGUUACAGUUGAAGAUCACUAUCCUGAAGGAGGUAUAGGCGAAGCUGUCGCUGGCGCUGUCGCAGAGCAAAGCAACAUCACGGUCAAAAGUUUGGCUGUCAGGGCUAUUCCCAGAUCUGGUCCUCCUAAAGUACUCCUAGAUCUUUUUGGAAUUAGCUCGAAAUGUAUCGUGAAAACGGUGUUGAGCAUUCUGUAAGAGAACGCUCCUGUAACCCUUAUUCCUGAUUUUUACUUUCAAAUACUUAUGGAUUGUUAGACAACGUGUAUAUUUUUGUUACCCCUACUUUUUUUUAAGCCACUGUGGGUAAUCAUUGUAUUUUUCCAAAAUUGAAUUCUGAAUGAUUAAUUUAAGGAGAAAUGUAAAUGAAUCUAGUUCGUAUAUUGAACAUUUUAAUUGAAGUACAUUUUUUUCGUGUCCGAUA